AUGGAUAUUCGUAAAGCAGAAAAACUGAUUCUUGAUGACACACAACACAUUGCAAAAAAAAUGAGAGCAUUGUUUUAUUUACGAAACAUUUUGACAGAGGAGUCGGUUAACAUAUUGUGCAAAGCUUUUACAAGCAAAUCGGUUUUAUUAAAGCACGAAGUAGCUUAUGUUCUCGGUCAAAUGAGACUAGAAAAUGCAAUAGAAACACUUAUAAAUGUUCUCAGCAAUUCAUUUGAAAAUGAAAUAGUACGACAUGAGGCAGGUGAAGCACUAGGAAACUUUUUUUAUAGGGACGAUAUAGUUGAUGCACUUGAAAUAAAUAGUAGAUGUGGGUGUAUUCCUGUUGAGGAAACUUGUUAUUUGGCAUUGCAAAAAAUAAAAAUGAAAUCUAAUUACGUUUCACCUUUUGACUCUCGCGAUCCUGCACUUCCUCUUGAAGGUAUGAAUCUUGAUGAAGCUAAGAGAAUUUUUUUGAAUGAUAAAGAAUGUCUUUAUAAACGCUAUCAAGCUAUGUUUUAUCUGAGAGAUGCUGCUGAAUAUACAAAUACAAUAGAUAUUCUAGGCCAAGGUCUUCGAGACAAAUCUGCGCUGUUUAAACAUGAGGUCAGUUUUGUCUUUGGCCAAAUUCGAUCAGCUGAUUCUGUUAAAUACUUAGUAGAAUGUAUGAGGGAUGAAAAUGAACAUGCAAUGGUAAGACAUGAAUGUGCUGAAGCUUUAGGGAUUAUUGGAACGGAUGAAUGUUUAAGAGAAUUGAUUAAAUAUCAGUUCAGUCCUUGCGAUAUUUUACGUGAAAGUGUUGAAGUUGCUAUAGAUUUACACGGGUAUAUUAAUUCAAAGAACGACAAUUAUUGUGAAGUAAAUUAA